CCCUUCUCUAGGGAAGCUUUGCCUUUUGAUUCGUCAGAAGAGCCGGGGACUGGAACCAAUCAGCGACUUCGUCGGCUCCGUGGCUCCACGUCGGCACCAACUGCGGGGCAAGAUGGAGGCGUUGAUCCUGGAACCUUCUCUGUACACAGUCAAAGCCAUCCUGAUCCUGGACAAUGAUGGAGAGCGGCUCUUUGCCAAGUACUAUGACGACACCUAUCCCAGUGUCAAGGAGCAGAAGGCUUUUGAGAAGAACAUUUUCAACAAGACCCAUCGGACUGACAGUGAGAUUGCCCUCUUGGAAGGACUGACUGUAGUGUACAAAGGCAGUAUUGACCUCUACUUCUACGUGAUUGGCAGCUCCUAUGAAAAUGAGCUGAUGCUAAUGGCUGUUCUGAAUUGCCUCUUCGACUCUUUGAGCCAGAUGCUGAGGAAGAAUGUUGAGAAGCGAGCGCUGCUGGAGAACAUGGAAGGCCUCUUCCUGGCUGUAGAUGAAAUUGUAGAUGGAGGGGUGAUACUAGAGAGUGACCCCCAGCAAGUGGUACACAGAGUAGCAUUACGGGGUGAAGAUGUCCCUCUUACAGAGCAGACUGUGUCUCAGGUGCUGCAGUCGGCAAAGGAACAGAUCAAGUGGUCACUGCUUCGAUGAAGACUCCAUUAUUCUCCUGCUAUCCUCGUCGCUCCCCGAGUCAUUUGUUUCCUCUGACGCCCCCACCUCCCAUCCCCAACUCCUCCUGCUCUGCACUGAUGAUCUCAGGGCCAUUUCAGGAGAAUGAUGAGGGCAUUCUCUUUUCACAACUUUUCUUGCCUUUUGUCCUGUUUUUCUCUUCUUCCCAAAAUUAUCCUGAAGACCAAAAACUGGGAUAGAACAAAAAGAGGGGUUAUAUCCUUUCCAGCUUUCUCAUCUCUCCCAUCAUUCAAGCAGUAAGGUUCCUGGAAGUGGCCCAGGCCCUAACAGAACUGGGAACAGACCUGGGCCAGAACAGUACACCAGGAUCAAAACUUGAGGAAGAAUGUGCCGUUUUCCUCUUCUGGUCUCACCCUGCAUGUAUCCUGGCCUUCAGCCCAAUGGAGGAGGAAGAGGAAUAAUUCUAUCCAGAGGUCCCUAGAUUUUAUCAGUCUCUCAAGUAUUUCCUCUUAUUACUGCUUACUACCCCCAACUGUAGAAAAAGGAGGAAAGAAGCUAGGGAGGGAGAGGCAAACAACUGCUGACUCUCUAAUUGGAAUUAGAUAGGGGUUGGGAAAGGAGGGUGGCAUCGGAAGUGGACAUCGCUUUUCCUCGGUUAUUCACUAUAAUUCUCCCCAAACCCAAUCCCAGGCCUGAUUUAUAGGGCCAAACUAUUCUGUCGCCUGGGAAAGAGUACAUCUUGGGGGUCUCUGUCGCCUAGUUGGUCCCCCAUAAAUCUCCACUCUUUCCACAAAUGGGAUUUUGUACACCAUGUUUCCCAGUUCUGGGACAGAGCCAGUCUCCUGGAUGAGAAAGCUCAGCUUCCAGUCUCUGGAAGAAGAGUUUUCUACUUAGAAUUUGGUUGAGGGUUAGAUUUAUGCCCUAUUCUCUGAGUUCCUUCGGUCCCCAAUCACAGCCCUGUACAUUUAAGAUGAAUGUUUCAGCCUUGUGUCUAUAGACCCUGAUCUUAACCUUUUCUCCAUCUUGCUGGCCUUUUCUCACUCCUGCUGGGAAGCAGGAUAUAGGAUUCUUUUGGGCAUGGGGGUGGGGAUAGGGACAGUAAGAAAAUUUUAGAAUUACCCUUGUGAGACUCGGGUUGGGAUAAGGUGAAGAUUUAUCUUCAAGGACACCAGAGGGGGCUAGUUUGAAGCUUUAUUCUAUUGUGAAACCUCUGUCAAAUACAGUCACCUUUGGUUAAAUCAAUGAGCCUUGAGGUGCCCUGGGAAGGUAAAAGACCAGCCACUACCCUUUGAUGUGACCCUUCUCCUUGACUCCAUAUACCAUUCCUUUAAGAAACAGUCCUCUGUUCCCUUUCGUGCUAUUGUCCUGAGUCUGAACCAUUUACUUCACAGCUGCCCACUCCUAUCUCCCAACCCCAGUUUGUCAUAUUCCGAGCAGAAAAGACCUGGAAGGAAGAGAUGGGGACAAGAACAGGCUUGUGGGAAAUGGAGGGCAGCUGCCCAUGGACCCUACUCUUCACUAGCCAUUGGGAAUAAAGCAACUUUCCCCCCA